AUGACCGGAACGGUGAUAAAUCCGCUGCAGGUGGCUGGAACAGUUGACAUGUCAACCAGCCGGACGUCAUCAAUGUCGCACAGGAACUCUGUCCGCAUUUCAGCAGUUGUUGAUCGACUACUUGUUUACGUUCGCGGUGGCUCAAGGAACGACAGCAACGAGUUCUUCAAACUCUGCAUCUCUCUUUCCAGAGGAAUCGACUAUGCUGUUGCUAACAAGGAAGUUCCAGUCACAGCUUCAGAAUUACCUGGUUUGUUGAAGCAGAUAUGUCAAUGGAAAACCGAUGCCUCAUUACAAGCAGCUAUUAUGGUGCUGUUGAUCUCUUUGAAGGGUGCAUGUAGAAACGGAUGGUUCAGUGAGAAGGAUAAUGAAGAACUUCAAAAGCUUUCAAAUGAGAUAUCAGGCAGUUUCUGCAGUGUUAAGGAUAUGAACUUUGGAGAGAACAUAGUCCAUCCCAGUAUCUCAGCAGUUAUGUUAAGGUUCUAUCCAAGUAUGAAGAUGGGUGAAACACUUGCUUUUGUUGAGGCCAAGCCUGGAUAUGGUGCUUUUUUGAAAGAUUUUGAUAUCACAACCAAAGCAAUGUCUUCUAACAAUAAAAUAUAUUUGUUUGUUGCUCAAAUUGAUGACACAGAGACAUCUUCAUGCAUCAUAAGUCCACAGCAAGUCAACUUUUUGUUGAAUGGAAAAGCAGUGAAUGGGAGGACUUGUGUUUCUAAGGAUCCAGGACCACAGACUCCAACACUUGUGACACAUAUGCUCAAGUUGGGAACCAAUCUUCUUCAAGUUGUGGGCCAGUUUAAUGGGAAUUAUAUUAUAAUUGUUGCCUUCAUGAGUAUGAUCUCAAAUCCAAUCUCUCCCAUCCUUCCCAACUAUGUGCCACCAGUUGCUGCUGCUCCUGAUCCAGAUAAUGAAUUAACUGAAGGGCCUUCUACAACAUCACUAAAUUGCCCCAUAAGCUUCAAACGUAUCAAGACACCCGUUAAAGGACAAUUGUGUAAACAUCAUCAGUGUUUUGAUUAUGACAACUAUGUGGACAUAAACUCAAGAAGACCAUCGUGGAAAUGUCCUCAUUGUAGUCAAUCUGUCUGCUUCACCGACAUCCGAAUUGAUCGCAUCAUGGUUAAGGUUCUGAAGGAAGUAGGUGUGAAUGUUUCUCAUGUGAGAAUCUCUGCUGAUGGAUCAUGGGAAGCUGUUAAAGAAGAAGAUGAUCAUAACACAGAUAAUAAUAAUAAACCACAAUCUACACCACCUUUACACCAAAACAUGGGGCCUGGUAUUUUGGACCUUACAGAAGGUGAUAAUUACAUAAAUGCCACUGCCACUAAUCCUCAUCAUCAAAACAUCGACAAAAAACCUUCUCCUUCUCAGUUGCAAAAUCCCACCUCUACAAACAUAAGAAAUAUUCCACCUAAUGGGUUUCAGAAAAUUCAGACAUCCAAUACUAUGGUGCCACCUGUCCAGAUGAAUCCAAUUUUGCAGGGUCAAAGUCAACUUUCUGCUUCCAAUGCUAUGCAGUCAAACGAUGUGAAUGGGAUUGUGAGGUACCCUACACAUUCUUCCAGACAUAUAACAAGAAUUCCAAUUGCUGUUCAGGCACUUCCAGCUCAGACCUCUGCGGGCCCGGGUAGUGGUGGCUUAGAUGGAUUUUAUAUGAAUCCACAUCAGAUAAACCAUACAGUCUCGGUCCCACCUUCACAACACAUGGGCCCACAGAAAUUUGGUGGUGGUUAUCAAUAUAACUCUCACCAACAACACCAGUUUCCUCAAGUUCAGCAAGUUGGUGUGGGUCCCACAAAUGGUAUUUUAAGCAACCAACAAAACUAUGCCAUGUCCAUGUCAAUGUCAGCUGCUGCUGCUCAACAACAAGCUGCCACAAAUGCUCAUGUAAACAACCAACUGGCCCAGGCCCAGGCCCACCACUAUGCCAUGUCAGCGGCGACAAAUGGUCAUGUAAGCAACAACCAACAAGCCCGGCAUCAUGCCAUGUCAGCUGCUCAACAAGGUUUCCACGUCAGCAGCUGGACACCAUCAUCGCAUGACCAUGGAGACCAAAACUGGAGGCUAAGUGGACGUAUGCGUGGAAGUUUAUCGGGUGAAGCUUAUUCAGAGGCUCUUAAUCAGUACAUAUAUCUUCCAACACAACCUGUCCAAGCUACAAGACCACCACUUCUGAAUACUCCCAGACCUGUAAUUCCACCCCAUUUGCAAUUUCUUCUUGCAAAUAAUAGAAACAUGAUCGGUGACAACUCUUUGCUUUUUGAUAAUACCAAUGGUGGCGGUGGUGGUGGUGGUUUUAGAUAG